AUGUCUGCCCCCCGCGACAAUGUGCCUGACAUGCCCGUCGAGCCCGCCAAGGGCAUCUCGUACUUCACGCCGGCGCAGAACCCUCCAGCAGGCUCUGCUGCUGUGCCACAGUCGGACGGUGCGCCGGUCCCCAAGCUGUUCAAGCCGCUGAAGAUUCGCGGCGUCGAGUUUCACAACCGGAUUGGGCUAUCCCCUCUCUGCCAGUACUCGGCCAAAGACGGCCAUAUGACCGACUGGCAUCUCGCUCAUCUGGGAGGUAUCGCCCAGCGCGGUCCAAGUUUCAUCAUGGUCGAAGCCACCGGAGUCACCGCCGAGGGUCGCAUUUCGCCUCUAGAUGUCGGUCUGUGGAAAGACUCGCAGAUUGAGCCCCUGCGUCGAGUCAUCGAGUUUGUUCACAGUCAAAACCAGAUCAUCGGCAUCCAGCUUGCGCACGCCGGCCGCAAGGCGAGCACCGUGCCUCCCUGGCUGUCCAUGGGAGAUCUGGCCACAGUCAAGUCGGGCGGAUGGCCCAACGACUGCAAGGGUCCUAGCGAUAUCCCCUUUGCCGACCGCUUCCCCCAGCCCACGGCGAUGACGCUGCAGGAUAUUGAAGAGUUCAAGCAGGCCUGGGCGGCCGCGACCAAGCGCGCCGUGCAGGCCGGCGUCGACUUCGUCGAGAUUCACAAUGCUCACGGAUAUCUGCUGUCCUCGUUCCUCUCUCCGCAGAGCAACAACCGAACAGACGAGUAUGGCGGCAGCUUUGAGAACCGCACUCGUCUGACUCUGGAAAUUGCGCAGAUCACGCGUGAGGUUGUCGGACCCAACACGCCCGUUUUCCUGCGAGUCUCUGCCACUGAAUGGUUGGAACAAGUCAAGCCCAACGAGCCCAGCUGGAGAUCCGAGGAUACCGUUCGCCUGGCUCAGCUGCUGGCCGACCAGGGCGCAAUUGACUUGAUCGAUAUCAGUUCUGGCGGUAACAACCAGGCUCAAAAGAUCACCGCUGGACCAGCCUUCCAGUCCCCCUUUGCAGUCGAAGUGAAAAAGGCCGUCGGCGACAAGCUGGUCGUCGGAUCGGUCGGUAUGAUCAACUCGGCCACGCUGGCCAACAAGCUCCUCGAGGAAGACGGACUGGACUUGGUGAUGGUUGGUCGCGGCUUUCAGAAAAACCCGGGCCUGGUGUGGUCAUGGGCUGAAGAGCUCAACCUGGAGAUUACCAUGGCCCACCAGAUUCGCUGGGGAUUCGCGCAUCGCAUUUUCUUGGAAUGGUCCGGUAUCUACAAGCAGCCAAUUUAUUAUUCAGAUCGAUGCAGUAGACAUUGCUUGAUUCGCAUCAUUCUGAAAAUGGCGUCGUGGACGCUCAUCGCAAUCCUUGCCGCCGUGCUAGUGACGAUUUUCAAACCAGCUUAUGCCAUUUGCAACUCUUUUGUUUUGACAGUGAUUGCUACUAUCCUGGCCGCAUGGCUUCUCAGAUUCAUAUACAGCGCUGUCCUGUAUCCCACAUUUUUCACGCCGCUCAAACAUAUCCCCAUGCCGCCGAACCGUUCAUGGAUCUCAGGAAGCACCGAUGGUCUCGCCUUGAAAUUCCCAAUCGAGCUGGCUCGCCAAUGGACCAAGACGGUGCCAAACAAUGGGCUGAUACGUUACUAUGUCAUUGGUAAUCUGGAACGAGUGCUCGUUGUCUCGCCCAAGGCUGUAUCGGAUCUUUUGGUGAGCAAAAGCUAUGACUUUAUCCGGCCUGAGAUUUCGGCCACUCAACUCGGCACUGUUACCGGAGAGGGCUUGUUGGUUGCGGAGGGGGAUGUCCACAAAGCUCAACGAAAGAGCCUAAUGCCAUCAUUCUCAUACAGACAUAUAAAAGACCUGUAUCCAAUCUUCUGGAGCAAAGCCAUUGAAAUGACCGACGAGAUCGAAAAAACCCUGCCGGCCAAAGACUACACAAUCCAGAUCGGCAACUGGUCCAGCAGGGCAAUGUUGGACAUCAUCGGCCUAGCCGGAAUGGACUAUGACUUGAAUUCACUUCAAGACCCAGAUAACGAGCUUUCGUGGCACUACUCGAAGCUGUUGACGCCGCCAACGGGGCUGCAGCGCCUCGUUGCUAUUGUCUGCCUCUUUGUAGUUGGGUUCAAAUGGUACUUUCGCGUCCCCACGGCAUAUACCAGAACCGUCAUGAGCUCGGUGCAGUACAUCCGCGACGUGACCAAGAAAAUUAUCCGGGAGAAACAAGCCAAGCUAGAGCGCAAGGAAGAUAUCGGCGUUGAUAUCCUAUCCGUCGCCAUGCGCAGCGGUAAUUUCUCAGACGAGAAUCUCGUCAACCAGGUCAUGACUUUUUUGGCGGCAGGUCACGAAACUACCUCGUCAGCCUUUCAAUUCGCCGUGUACGCGCUGUCCAAGCAUCCAGAGAUGCAGAGUCGGCUGCGCGAAGAAGUUUCCAAGAACCUACCACCCGCGUCUUUGUUGAAAGAAGUAAAUGAAAAAGAGAGCAAAAUCAAACAAGCGCCAAUUCCAGCAUCGGCUAUUGACAAAAACUUCCCUUAUCUUACAGCAUUCCUGAGUGAGGUCCUCCGGUUCUACCCUUCAGUCCCAUUCACCGCACGCGAAGCCGCGCGCGACACGACGCUUGCUGGGCAGCAUAUACCCAAGGGUACCAACAUUCUGAUUUCACCCGACAUAACCAACAAAGACGAAGACUUUUGGGGCGCUGACGCACAUGUUUUCAAUCCAGAGCGCUGGCUCGGCGGCGACAACGAUGAUGACGAUGAAGAGGUUGCUGGUGCGCGGCGAAGCACCGGCGGCGCAAGCAGUAAUUAUGCAUUCAGCACAUUUAUCCAUGGACCGCGCAGCUGCAUCGGCCAAGGGUUUGCGCGCGCCGAACUGGCUAUUUUUGUUGCUGUGUUUGUGAGUCGUUUUGAAGUUGCGUUGAAAGAGCCUGAGAAGAAGUUGGAGAUGAGACAGAUGAUCACGCAGGUGCCGGUGGAUGGGGUUGUUGUCAAGGUCCAAGUUCUUAAUUCAUAG